AUGAAAUUUCCGAAGAUUUUCUUGCUCUAUCAGGCAGUUUCUCCAUCAAAAACGCGCUGCCUCUAUGAUCGAGAGCACUUCUCGAACAGUACUCGAAUUGAAAUUUGGAAAGAAUUUCGUUAUCCGAUCACAUGUCAGCGAGAAUGCCAGUAUCGCACUGACUGUACCGGAUGGUCCUGGGCGGGCCAGUACGCUGAGAAAGCGUAUUCAUGUUACCUUUCUUUUAUGUCUGUGUUUUCUGAAAAUGAUUUGGAAACGAGGGACUUUUUCAUUUCUGGGCGGAGAGAGUGUACAACUGGCUUAGAGUCGCCUACUCAGAAUGAGAAUAUCCCUGGCACGUGUCUCUACAAAUCUGGUAUCGCUGGCUACGAGAUAGGCGAAAAGUUCGAUGAUUACGAGGAUUUAAAUUUGGGAAUGCUCGAGCCGCCCCUGACCAAAAUGGUCUUCUGGAGAUAUACAUGUGCAAAACCUUGUCUCGGAACCAAAGAUAUUCCAGGUCGAAACGGACACGUGACGAGCUUCAUGACAAAAUAUGAUUCUGUGAGAUCUGGUUUUCACGGAUUUCCUUUACUUGGAGGCACAAGAACGGCGAUGAGGACGUUUUUCAACUUCACUAAUCGCGACGAUGGGCUUCUAGAGAACGAAACUGCUGCGGAGCGAAUUAGAAAAGUAGAGGUCGACCUAUCUGCACCUCCAUGGGGUGCAGUUUCUAUGAUAAAAUUAAGCACGACAAACGAUCGAGCAGAAAUCAACGAGGAGAAUUUCCACUACGUUGGUUUCAUCAAGUGGUAUCACUCUGGCUUCCUUGCGCUUAAUCCUCCGGAUGCUUUUCCAGAUAUCAAAUGGCACGUAAGAGCAUUCCACGGAUACAUUGACAAGGCGGGAUUCAUCAAUGGUAUGGGUGUUUAUUGGGCUCCCGAUAGUGGCUGCGAAGAAGUUUUGCAAUUGAAUACGCCGAAAACGUCAACGACGCUUCCUUCAACGACGUUCGUGGAUGAAAGAGUUUUCGACACGGAACCGACAACAACUGCAAUCUUCACGACUGAAGAGAUUAAAACGACGACACCAAAAUCGCCCCCUACGUCUACCGUAUCAGCAAUCGAAGAUCCGCCGCCAACAGCAUCCAUAUCAUCAACAGUUACGGCGAGCACUCAAAGCCUUCCGAAAGAAUUCAACGGACUCGUAAAUCAAGCUGCGUCGAGUUUAGCAUCAGACGGAUGUUUGGUCGAGUCGCAGGCUGACUAUGAAUUUCAACGCUGCCAGCUGGACGGAGUCGUAAUCAAUACUCGCGAGGAUGGCUACGGAAGAAACAUGGCGAACUUCAAAUUUCCACCAAGAACGAAAUGUCGGGUGAUCAAGUGUCGAGCAGAGUUCGGCGGACCGUGGACGCGCAACAUGCAUUGCAAAUGUGACACGUUUGGUUGUCGUUGGAUAUCGAUGAAAUUCCAAAGUGACAAAGCUGGUCUUAGUCCGCGGACGUUUUGGGACCGACCGAAAGAAAUUCAGAAUCAAUCGCCUGAGCCUGUUUUGACUAUUUGUCAUAAAGGGUGCCCGGCGCUCAAUGAAGAUAUCUUCGACGUGAAACGUUAUAAAAUAAUGAAAUCGAAGUUUCGUGAAAAAUUCGGAACCGAAUACAAAAAUCUUACGUCGCCCAGUGGUGAAAGUCUUUACCCCGUUAAAACACUCGUUACAUCAGGUAGGUGCAAAAACGGUAAGAGAAAGGGAGAGCUGAUUUUCAAAAGAGCGAAGUGCUCUUGCGGCGCCUGGAAAUAUGCAUCAUUGAGAGAAAACUGGGAGGAAUGCAAGUCCCUCUGCAAGAACGGGGUUUGCCAGGGGAAAUGCGAAAGAGAUGUGUAUGCAUGUCGAUGGGCGAUCUGGAAAGACGCCGCUGGAAACGAUCCCUUCGCAAACGACGAAAUUUUCGACGAGUGGGUGGAUAACGAUAGAUGUACAUAA